AUGAGUUUGGAUGAGCGUCGGGCACUCGAAGCGCUGAAAGAGGACAAUAAUACCACCAUCGACGGCUGGCAGGAAGACUGCGAUGACUUCAGCUUUGGUGAUGUCUGCAAUGGAACGGAGCCACUCUCCAUCAGCCAUGCUGGUGGCGAGUUCACUGACCUCGCUAGAGAGGUUCUAGGAGACUUUUGGAAAAUUGCGCUCGUUCAUCAAGGCGUGAUGCCUUGUUCACCUAUAUCACCAACUGUCGGAAUCACUACCGAAGCUCUGGAUCUAUACCGUGUAGCGCAUCUUAGAAGUCCUCAAUUGUCUAUCCAGGCUUUCAUCAAAACCAUGUGCGACUUGCAUGGCGUUGGUUUCCACAGACACUUAUCUCCCAUGGUAUCCGAAUCAUUACGACAUGACACGCCUGAUUGGCGCUUGAAACACGCCUGUCCCGCAUGUACGUAUACACUAACAGACAAACGCGAGUUAACAUUUAGCAUCCUCUAUGCCAUGGAUGGUAACGACUCUUUAAAAAGAGUCCUCCGAAGAUCUCUAGAUACUGACGAUUCUCUCAGUACAUCUUCGGAACUUCCAAUGGGGCAGCAACUGGUGAGUGACUGCUACCUAUCUCGCACCUUUGUCGAUCAGUUUGCACAGGACUCCACUACUGCAGGUGAUGAGGAUGUACAUCUCGAGAACUCGUGUGAAGGACGCUGGAAGAACAUGGACGACGCAAAGACGAGGCAAGCAUGGGGCGUUUAUGAUGAAACGGGCAUUUUUGUGGCCGUGUGCCGCCACGGAUUCUCUCUGCUUGUUGUGGAUAUGGUACAGAGCAGGGAGCUGUCAAAGUAUCCUUUGGCCGUUGUUUCAAAGUUGCUGGAUGUAUUUGGAAGCAAUCUGGGUGGCGGAUAUGACAUAGGUUGUCAAUUCAAGACCACGCUUGACAACAGCUCCCUUGGACCCCUUGCACGGUCUAUGCAUCACAUGUGCCUUGUCGGUGCAUUCCAUGGACAUGCGCACAGGCGAUUGUGCCAACUUUUCUCGCUUACUACUUACAUCAAAGGUUUGGGCCUCGAGGAUCUGGAAACGUGCGAACGGACAUUCUCAAAAUCCAAUUCGCUAGCGUCUUCACUAUGGUAUGCAAGUGUAUUCCAUAGACAACAGGCCAUCGACACGUAUUUCGAGCACAAUGACAAUUUUGAAGUGUACGCAAAUCUUUCCGACUUUUUGUACAAUAACUACAAGCAGAUGCUUGACAUCGUGAAUGACGGGGAUGCGACCCUACCAAACCUUAUGCGAGAACUCAACAUUAUGGACGAGACCGUUUUCGAGCACUGGCUGGAGGAAGAAAAGGUAUAUCUUCAAGGUCUGACACGAGAACCCGAGGUCGAAACUCUACAGAUGGAGUAUUGGCAGAGGUUGGUUAGUCUUACUGCGAGCGAGGAAACUCUGGACGCUGCGAUAACAGCUUUCCAGGGCUCAUCGCACCUCGAGGCUGUGCCAUAUGAUGUGCAGGCGAAGAAUACUCGCAAUGCCGAGACACUCGAGUGCAAGCUCGAGAUUGAGAAACGCUGGACUCCCCACGAUGCAGAGUGGCAGAAGGUUGGGAGACUCGUGGCCAACCGGAAAUACCAGCGUGCGCUGGAUCGUCUUGAAGGAUUGAUCGUUGCACGCAUAUUUGAGCUGACGAGGAUGAACCGUGCGGGCACAGGCUACAAACUGCGGAAGCAUAUCGCUAAGGCCUUGCAAACACGUUCCGUCGCCAUCAGGACUGCCCUCAACACAUACAAUGCUAUCGCUGGGUCAAUGCACCCUCUCCACCGGACGCUUAAGUGGGACGAGGUCGUAGAGUACGCGUUCCUCGCAGACUUCGACUUGCUACGUGAUACACAUGCGGACGUGUCUCGACACCCUUGGUCAUCGACUGCUGCUCGUAGCGCAAUGGACCUCCACUUCAAAAUGUGUCGGGCACGUGAAGAGAUCAAGCAUCUCGAUAUUGAGGUACGACGCCUCAUGACCUAUAUACAUGAUGAAGAGAGGUAUCUACGGGAAUGCGAGGAUCAGUUAAAAGACACCAGCCCAGCCCUUGCACAUCAAAUCGCCAUCCACCGAAACACUUGAGGUCGCUUCAAUGCACGUCAUCUUAAACGGCUUUACGACAUAUCAAAGCUUCCAGGUUUCAGUGGGACACUAACCCCUGGUGUUAGCGCUGACACAAGUCCUGGGGAGAGCGCGAGUGUAGCUAACGCACAGAUCCCCACCCAGAUGCUUGUUGAACCCCUGCCUGUUGAUCACACCGCAUCCCCCUUAGACGUAGACACCCAGGAUGACCUGGAUGAUGAGGAGGAAGAGGACGAGGUAGCGGAAC